AAGUUGGCAAAGGGGGUUUUCUUAAUCAGACUGUUUUCUGGUCCGGGGGAAAGGAGGAAGAAGGAGAUUGUGAUGGAGAAAGGGGGUCUGUAAACCGUCAGGCACCGCACAAAGGCUUUGCCACGUAAUUACAGGCUCCUAUUAAGUCGAGAUCUGCCCUCCCAGGGGUCUCCAAUUUUCUUGUAUUCCCUACAAAGCCUCCUCUGCAUGCCAGUUUGUGCCUUUUGAAGUGCCAGAGAGCUUCUUGAUCCAACUGAGAAGGAAAAGGGAGCUCAGCGAGAAGAGGGGGAGAAAGCGAAGGGAACGGGGGAAGCCCACUACCACCCUCCUUCGGACUCUUGGAGCCCCCCGCUUUUUUUCCCCCUCCUUACGAAAAGUAAAGUGAGACUCCUGCUCUCCAAUACAUCUGCAAGACAUCACCCUCUCCUCCUGAAACUUUAGUCACUCCUGAGAAUCCACAGGAGUGCAGAGAGGGGGAACACGUUUUCUUGAAGAUGUUUUAAAGCUGGAACAAGCCUUCUUCUGUUGGUGCUUGAACUCUUGCCUGGGAAUAACUUUUUUAACCUAAAAAAAAAAAAAAAAAACCUACUUUGAUUCUUCUCUCCCACCCCUUCUUCUCUCUUCUUCUGUUUGCCUAACUCCCCCGCCCUGCUGGCCUCUCCUUUCCUCUCCCCCUUAUUAUUAUUUUUAGUGCGUGCGUGUGGACGCUUUUGGAGAGCUGGAAGGGAUUUUUUUUUUUUCUCUCCUGACUUGAACAUAGGGUGACUUUUCAUUUUAUUUUUUGGUGUGGAUUAUCUCUUUGGACCGCGCCGGACUUGGCCUCAGGAAAGCAACCGAGGCUGUCGAAAGCUGCUGGUGCAGAACUCUCUGCUCUUACAGAAGGGGGUCCCCCGCCCUCUUUCCACUUUUUUUUGUUGUUCUUCCCCUCCUUCUCUCUCUCUCUCCCUCUCUCUCUCUCCACUCCCCCCCUCUCUCUGCCCCACUAGGCUCCUCUCCCCCCUCGCGCCCACAGCGUUUGGUGUUGAUUCGAGCGGGAAAGGGGGGUGGGUGGGAUCGGAGGGGAAGACCAUGACCUCCAGCUACGGGCACGUUCUGGAGCGGCAACCGGCGCUGGGCGGCCGCUUGGACAGCCCGAGCAACCUCGACACCCUGCAGGCUAAAAAGAACUUCUCCGUCAGUCACCUGCUAGACCUGGAGGAAGCGGGGGACAUGGUGGCGGCGCAGGCGGACGAGAGCGUGGGCGAGGCGGGCCGGAGCCUACUGGAGUCGCCGGGACUCACCAGCGGCAGCGACACCCCGCAACAGGACAAUGAUCAACUGAACUCAGAGGAAAAGAAGAAGAGAAAGCAGCGGAGGAACAGGACAACCUUCAACAGCAGUCAGCUGCAGGCUUUGGAGCGUGUCUUUGAGCGGACACACUACCCAGAUGCGUUUGUGCGAGAAGACCUCGCCCGCCGGGUGAACCUCACUGAGGCCAGAGUGCAGGUGUGGUUUCAGAACCGAAGAGCCAAAUUCCGCAGGAAUGAGAGAGCCAUGCUGGCCAAUAAAAAUGCUUCCCUCCUCAAAUCCUACUCAGGAGACGUGACUGCUGUGGAGCAGCCCAUCGUACCUCGUCCUGCUCCAAGACCCACUGAUUAUCUCUCCUGGGGGACGGCCUCUCCGUACAGCGCCAUGGCUACUUAUUCUGCCACAUGUGCCAACAAUAACCCUGCACAGGGCAUCAACAUGGCCAACAGCAUUGCCAACCUGAGACUGAAGGCCAAGGAAUAUAGUUUACAGAGGAACCAGGUGCCAACAGUCAACUGAGGAAAAAAAAUAAUUAAACAGGCCUAAGAAGAAAUCAAAAACCAUAAGACACCUAUCCUGCUCUGUCAUUUCUACAUCUGCUGGAAAAAAAAAUAAAAAUAAAAACAAACAAACAAAAAAACCAGAACUAAACUAUUGGGACCAUGGCAGAGAAAAGCAGGAGAGGAGCAAAAUGAAAAUUAGUUAACAAAUGUUCCUCCUCCCUCUGGGAUACCACCACCACUUGCUUCUGUGUGUGUUAAUUUUGUUUUUCCUUCUAUUCAUAUGCUUUGCUUAAUAUACUCUGAGCUUCUUCAGUUAAGUUCAGCCCACCCACCCCCAUGAUUGUAUGGGUUUUUAAAGAAUCGACAGCAGCCAAAGAAACCAUAUAUGUAUGUAUAUAUAUUCAGAAUACUUGCCUAUAGUCUCCUCAGUGAACCUCAGUGCCUUACCCCACCCUUCUUCCCAGUUCUCUGAACAGAAGCUCUAGGAACUUCUGAAAAGCCAAAGUCUUUCUGAAGAAUUUGUGCCAGACAUAAUUCCCUUGCUCAUUGUCUCCAUCUCUGUUGGUCAUGGUAAGGUUAUUCUAUCAGCUACUAUGGGAGUGGGGGGGAAACAAAGCAAUUGUAUACAACAUCUGGUCACUGGCCUGUCUAAUCCAAUGUGAUUGGCUACGUCUGGCUGAUUCUAAGCUCUAAGCAAUAAAGGAUAAUAUCACCCCACUACUACCCCUCACCCCUAUCCAAGCAAACAGCCAUCUUAAGUUAAAGAUAUUUGUUGUUUCUUGAGUAAUUUGCUAACAUAGGCUUAUUUGAUAGAAGACAUAUUUUUCACUUGAGAGAGGAAGAGACAUUUCUCUAGGAAAACAAACACUAAGUUGUGAAAGGCAUGGCCUACAUCUCUUUGGUGCCUUAAGGGUAGUCAAAUGCACACUUAUAUAUAUACUGUAUAUAUUUAUAUAUUAUAUAUAUAUAUAUAAAAUAUUCUUGCAAGCUUGAGUUUGCAGUUUCUCAAACAUUACCAAGAGCAAAUUUCACACCAUCAUCAGUGUCCUUAUUUUUAAUGUGGUAAGACUUUUUAUUAGGGAUCUUGUUUCCUUUCUUUCUCUACACAAAAUUCUCACUAUGGCCACAGAGCAAUUGAUAAGCAGCUGUUUAAGAACAGUUAUAAUUUUCACAUUAGCAUUUUAAAUACAUUAGAAACAAUUGAGGCUAUGAAAAUGUCCUUGAGUUUGGCACCUGAACUCUGGUGAAAGGCUGAUACAUACUAAACUAGAGUGAGAAUUAGACUUAGCAGAGGAAAAGCCAUUUAGUUAUCUGUCCUUUUCCCACUCAACAGGAAUACGAAAGAUACAUGAUUCAGUGAAAUACUUAAAGGUUUAGCUAAAUUCUAAGAAUCUGAAAGGCAAUUGUUGGCUAUUUGUAUCUUCUAAUCUAUUGACAUAAAGUUUAGUAUCUAGGGCUGGGAGCCAGGACUGACUGAUCUUUUGUUUCUUUCUCUUUGUUUCCACCCAUGCUUUUGUAAUUUGUCAGGUAGACAUGACCAAACCACAUUAUCAUGCAGUGCCUUGGUUUACCUUUUUUUUGUAAAAUGGGUUUAACAAAGUUACCUACCUCACAGGGGUGUUGUGAGGCUCUAAUCAUUUGCUUCUUUAUUCUUUCCUGUAUUCUCUGUAUGUCCAGCACUUUGUAGCCAUGGGAGGGAAGGGAUUAUGAAAGUAAACGAUGUUAAUAGAGGGCUAUGGUACCCAGAAGCCUUGUUUUUUAGCAAGGAGAAGCUACCUUGCUGUAAGUACUUAUAACCUUGCAUUUGGAAAUGAGAAAUAGGCUUAUAUUUGCAGACCUCUCAAAAAAUCACUUCAUUUAACCAAAAAAUAACUUGAGACACACAGAACAGACAUCUCUUUGACUUAUAUUUUCAUCUUGACCAACUUGGAUUUAUAAUAAUUUUUUAAAUUAGUUGAAAAGCUUUAGAUUGAUUUUGGCCAAAUAUGCCAACUGUGAGUAACAGGCAAGGAUUUGGGAUUUAAGGUGCACUUUCAGUACACAUUCGUGAUUUUCCCUGGCAUAUCAGAUUGAACUAAUGGUGGUAUUUUCAGUCAAACAGUCAUCAAUCUGGAAAUGUAUUUCCAAUGUUGAUUCUAAACUUAUUUUAAUAAGAAGCCCAUCUUAUAUGCAUUUUGCUUUCAUCAACUGAUUUCCUCUUCUUUUAACAUACUAUUGAGUCAUUUCUUACUGAAUGGUUUAUGUAGGCUGGCUGAACAACACACAUUACUGCUUCCUAAAGUAUUCUUCAACUAAUUCUCUUGUCCCACUAGCUGCCGCGGAUUAUCAAGUUUUUAUCCUAAUAGAUCAAAACAUUCUUUGUGAAAAGAGUGCAGUCCAAGAAACUAGUGAACCUUUGGAGUUUGGGGAGAACAACUAAGAGAAGGUUUGGGGUGUAUAGUGCAGGGAAUAGACAUCAUAGGUGAAAAGAUUUUGCUAAAAAUUGGGGGAAUCUUAGAAGAGGGAGUAAAGAGGUAGAGGAUCAUGUAAAACAAGGCCAUUUGAAACUUCCAUCCUGACAUUCAUUUCGAGUGGUGAAGAGAAAAGCCUGAACCCCCAUAACCCCCGUGCUGGAUGAAAUUAGGCAGUGCCUGGGCAAGUGCUUGCUGUCCAGGAAUAUCAUAGAAGAAUCAAUGCUGUCAGCCAUAGGAGCUUUUAUUGCUAGUCAGUCAAUACCACAAACAUUGACUAUGUAAGGAUCUGAUGGAGAAAUGUACACAGGGUACCAGCACGCAAUUUUGUUCAUUCAUUAUUGAUUUGAAAAAAUAUAAGUUUCAUAUGUGAUUUGAAAGAACAGCAUUCUGGCUCCUAAACCAGGUGUGAGAGGGCCUCAGGUCCAUGAGGUUCAAAGGCAUAUCCCUGUUCUUCAUCAUCUAUACCCAGAUAACAGAUGAAUACAUGCCAACCGUCUGUGUUCCCAGUCCCUCCCCAAACAAGACACUGAUUUGUAGAGUACUUGGAAGGUUAAAUCAAGCUGGAAGAGGUGACUGAAUAAAAAAGUGAAUGACAUUUAGGGUAUAAAGAUCUCAUAAGAAAUGUAAUAUGUAAAUUAUAUCUUGCUUUAUGAUGUAAAAUAUACAUUGUUUGCGCUAGAAUAGAAGUGAUUCCUUUUCAAUAAAAAGAAAGAAGGAUACGA